AUGAUGCUGCCGCCAAUGACGCUGACGAAAGCAAUGCAGAGAUUGCAAACGAUGGUUCAGCAGUUCAUGCCGGGGUGCCGGAGGAAGAACCACAUCAAGAACAAGUGGAUGGCAGCGAGAAACAAACAUCGUUUACAUCCACUGCCAAAAAAUAUAAUGCAGCGAUUGAAGACAAUGACGGCAGCCCCGCGGCCUCCCACACCACCUCCCCUCUUUUGCUUCUUCUUCUUGUUGUUGUGUGUGCGGCUGCGGCUGCGGUGGUGGCCGCGUGAGAGUGAGGGAAAGAGAGCCAUGCACCGCCCGCACACACACUCGUCCUUCACUCACUCUCUGUGUGUGUGUCCCCUUGCAUGGACUCUCGUCCUCACCUCACCCCACGAAGCACACACAUAA